CUCUCUCUCUCUCUCAUAAUUGGCAGUUACAAAAAGAGGCUACCAAUUUGCUCCUUUUGAGAAACAAACAUCCUCACGAAACCCAUGCAUUCAUAAAAAUAAUCAACCUUAUCUGAGAAAAGAAAACGCAACAAGAAAUUAGAAAAACCAGAUUCUCAUCUUUCACUUGGAAAUUUAUAUUUGAAACAAACCCACCAAGCCUGCAAGCCAUUUUGCUCAACUACACAAUGUCUGCAACAUCAAAUUUGGAAGAGGACCCAAGAGAGAGAGCCUCUCUGCCACCUUCAUCCCUACCUCUCACUCAAAAAUGGCCAGCCAACUUUUUCAAGGUCAUGCUUUUAGAGCUCAAAAUACAAAGAGGAAUAGCUCUUCCUUUGGUGGCAAUGAAUUUGACAUGGUUUGCCAAGAUAGCAACCACAACAGCUUUUCUUGGCAGGCUCGGAGAGCUUCAGUUGGCCGGUGGCACGCUUGGUUUCACUUUUGCUAAUGUCACUGGCUUCUCUGUCUUAAAUGGGCUCUGUGGUGCCAUGGAACCUAUAUGUGGUCAAGCUUCUGGAGCUAAAAGUAUUAAGCUCCUUCACAAGACCCUUCUCAUGACAACUUUCUUUUUACUGCUUGUAACACUUCCUAUUUCUUUCUUGUGGCUCAAUGUUGACAAAAUCCUCAUCCAUUUUGGCCAACAAGAAGACAUUUCAACAGUUGCAAAGAGCUACCUUUUGUAUCUCCUGCCAGACUUGGUAAUUACCUCAUUGCUCUGUCCCCUCAAAGCCUACUUGAACUCCCAGAGCAUCACACUACCUUCAAUGUUCUGCUCGGCUUUGGCGCUUGCGCUUCACGUACCGAUCAAUAUCUUGCUUGCAAAAUCCAACGGUCUUGAGGGAAUUGCAAUGUCUGUGUGGAUCACUGAUCUCAUGGUUGUGCUUCUACUUGCCUUGUAUGUGUGCUGGAUUGAAAUUAAUGCCAAGGAAGGGGGUUGGAAGGAAGGGGGGUGGCUUGAUCAAGGUGUUGGGGAUUGGAUUAGGCUGCUCAAGCUUUGUGGACCUUGCUGCCUCACUACCUGCCUUGAAUGGUGGUGCUAUGAGAUUUUGGUAUUGCUAACAGGCAGGCUUGCCAAUGCAAAGCAGGCAGUGGGAGUUUUAGCCAUUAUAUUAAACUUCGACUACUUGCUUUACUCAGUCAUGCUUUCUCUGGCAACAUGUGCCUCAACCCGUGUCUCGAAUGAGCUUGGAGCAAACAGAGCGGGCCCUGCUUAUCAGUCUGCAUUUGUGUCUAUAGCAGUGAGUGUGGUCUCAGGUUGCAUAGGUGGCUUGGUGAUGUUAGCAGCCAGGGGAAGUUGGGGAUCUUUGUUCAGCCAUGAUAAGGGAAUUGUAGGAGGUGUGAAGAAGAUGAUGCUGCUAAUGUCUUUAGUGGAGGUGGUAAAUUUCCCAUUAGCAGUUUGUGGAGGAAUUGUCCGGGGAACCGCAAGGCCGUGGUUAGCCAUGUAUGCAAAUCUUGGAGGGUUUUACUUCCUGGCCUUGCCUUUGGGAGUUGUUUUAGCAUUCAAGGUUGCACUUGGGCUCAGUGGAUUGUUGAUAGGGUUUUUGAUCGGGAUGGUUGCUUGCUUGAUUCUGGUUCUCAUGUUUGUUGUAAGGAUCAAUUGGGACGAAGAAGCUUGCAAGGCACAAACACUUGCCUCAGUUGCAUGUCAAGCACCAGAACUUAACAAAGAUGGCAAUAACAAAAGCAUGGGGAGAGCUGAUGUUGAAGUCUAAGAAUAACCUGAGAGUAUUUGUUGUAACACAAACGUCUCUUACUCUGAGUCAUAUCCUAGUAAACCAGAACAGGUAAAAUUUUACAGGGUUCUGGAUCAUCCACUACAUAACCAUGGCUCCAAUGGCCAAUUCU